AUGGUGUGCUUGCGUGCUUGCCUAUGUGCCUGCCUGUUUGACACAUUGUCCACCAUCGGGGCUCAGGUAGACAGCAUAGCGCACUUACAAGUGUUCAUCUCUGCAGACUCCAGAACAUCGCUUCUCCACAUUACAGUGCCACAGAAGAUCCAGACUGACCCCAGGAAUGGCACAACUUUAGACGCACAGGUCACUUACUUGGUCAGAAUUGAGGACAGAACAUACACACUCCGUCUUGAAAAACAGUUGUUUUUACACCCACAUUUUAAGACAUAUUCAUACAACAAGUCAGGAACGCUGCAGGAAGAUUCUUCUUUUGUAAAGGGUCACUGCUUUUAUCAAGGACAUGCUGCAGAGAUGCCCAUUUCCAUUGUGACAGUCAGUACUUGCUCAGGACUCAGAGGAUUAUUGCAGUUAGAGGAUGUUACUUAUGGAAUUGAGCCACUAGAAUCUUCAGCUACAUUUGAACACAUGUUUUAUGAAAUAAAGAAUAAUAAAAUUGAUUAUGCCCCCUUAAAAGAAAAACAUGAAAAUCAGUCCUACCGGAUUCUUGUGAAGCCAGAAGUGACAACAAACUCUAAGCUCUCAAAGUCUUUUCUAGCCCAAAAAAUAAAAUUUGUCUUUCAGUAUGAUUACAUGGGCUCUGAGAUGGGAGCUGCAACUCAGAAAGUUGUCCAUAUCUUUGGUCUUAUCAAUACUAUGUUUUCCCAGCUGAAAAUGAUGAUAAUGCUAACGUCUUUGGAAAUCUGGUCAGAUAAAAAUAAGAUUUCAACGAAUGGGGAUGCUGAUGAAGUGCUACAAAAUUUUUUGUCAUGGAAACAGAAAAAUGCAAAUGGGUUACAAAAACUUAAUGAGAUGACAUACUUACUGCUGUAUAUGGACCUUCCUGCUUAUAUAGGAGCAACGUAUCGUGGGACAGCCUGCAAUCCAAAGUUUUCUGCAGGAAUUGCUGUGCAUUUGAGGACAUUAACUAUCGAGGCGUUGGCUGUUGUUCUGGCACAGCUGCUUGGAAUUCACCUGGGCUUGACGUACGACGAUGUCUACAACUGCUUCUGCCCUGGAAGCACAUGCAUAAUGAAUCCUGAAGCAAUACAUUCCCAUGGUAUAAAGAUUUUUAGCAGCUGCAGCAUGAGCGAAUAUAAGCAGCUGGCUUCACAGCCUGAGUCUGAAUGCCUUCAGCAGCAGCAGCAGCAAGUGUUAAAAGUUGUUGCCCAGCCCCAAAUGGCAACUUGUGGCAACAACAAAUUGGAGGUUCCAGAGGAGUGUGACUGUGGCCCAGCAGAGACAUGCACUCAUGUGAACUGCUGUGACCCCAAGGACUGUACUCUGAUUAAGUCUGCGGAGUGUGGCACGGGGCCCUGCUGUGACAAAAGAUCAUGCUUGAUAGCUGAAAGAGGAAAAUUAUGUAGGAAAAGUAAAGACCUAUGUGAUUUCCCAGAGUUCUGCAACGGAUCAUCUGAAUACUGCGUGCCUGACACUCAAGCUGCGGACCUAGAACCCUGCAAUAAUGGGACGGCCUUUUGUUACAAAGGAAUCUGCCGCGACCCAGACAGACAGUGCGCAGAGCUCUUUGGAAAAUAUGCUAAGGGUUCUAAUUAUCAGUGUUCACAAGAAGUAAAUAUGCAAAAUGACAAAUUUGGAAACUGUCGUGGACGCUGUAAUUCUACUUCUCUCUUUUGUGGGAAGAUAGUUUGUCACUGGAGCAGUGCAAAACUUGUGCAUAGAAAGGAUUUUGAUGUCCAGUACACUUACUUAGGGGGUAAGGUGUGCAUAUCUGCACACAUAAAAAUACACGGAGAAGAAGAUCUCGCCUAUGUAGCUGAUGGUACAGUUUGUGGUGAUGAAGAGGUUUGUCUUCAAGGCUACUGCAGAAGUGUGCAUAGCGUUCCAAAACACUCGAAUUGCAGCUCAGUGGAGAAAUGCCAAGGACAUGGGAUUUGCAACAACUUAGACAGUUGUCAAUGUGAAAUUGGGUUUGCGCCUCCAGAGUGUGACAUGACACCAUCAUCUCCUGGCGGAAGCUUAGAUGACGGAUUUUGGCUGCCCAUAGAUAAAAGCACACCCUUGAUUGUAAAACGUCGUGGCACUUAUAAAAAAGGACUUUUGAUCAGUUUCUACAUUUUUCUGCCUUUCCUCCUUAUUAUUGCCGUCAUUGUUGUUAAAAGGAGGACAUCAAAGAGAUUCUGGCACAGAGAAGCUUUAAGAAUUUUGGUAGCAUUUGAAAAAGACCAAGUGCUAGAAUGUAAGAUGUUUGCGUUGGAUAUCAGCUGCGAAGAAGGUGCUGUGCUGGUGUAUAGUAAUUGA